AUGCUGAUGAACGAAAACGACCCGGAAGUGGACGAGGUGCGCAAUUUUAUCGUGGCCAACCAUCCCGCCGUGGCCAAGAUUCGGAUGAUCACAAACGACCCGGGUGUGGAAGAGGUGCGCAUUUUCUUCGUGUCCAACCUUCCUUCCGUAGCCGAGAUGCUGAUGAACGAAAACGACCCGGGUGUGGACGAGGUGCGCAUCCUCGUCGUGGCCAACCUUCCCGCCGUGGCCAAGUUACUGAUGAUCGGGAAGAAGUCGUUCUUCUCGAUAACCAGGAUCUCGGCCACGGAAGGAAGGUUGGCGACGGAGAGGAUGUGCACCUUGUCCACAACCGGGUCAUUCUUGAUCAUCCCAAUCGAACAUCUAAACAGCAAUCUGGUUCGAUUUUCACCAAUCAACGCCGGGAGUUCGAUUAGCUGCGAUAUUCAGAACUUUUUAUUCCUCGGCCACGAAACAUUCGAUCGAGAGGAAGAUUGGCCGCAAGGAGGAACCACACCCGGUCUUUUUCGAUCAUCAGCACCACGACCACGAAUGGAAGGUUGGCCAGGUAGAAGAUGUUCGCCUCGUCCACACUCGGGCUGUUCGCGAUCAUAUCGUCCACAACCGAGCAUCCACCGGAUGCUGCUCGAAGAAUUUGGGACGUUGCUUGAUUCCGUGGUGGCGCGGAAAAUACUGCGCUGCGUCGAAAAUCUGGCCUGUUUACAUGGUAGAACGACUUUAUUACGAAUAAAUCACAAAUUUUCUGCGCAAUAA